UGACGCAUGUUUGUUUUCCUUCCACGAUUCUCGGUCCUUUUUUCCCUCUUUACACCAUAUCACUACGUGUCGUUUUCUUUGCAGAGUCUUAUUUUAUAUACAUGUAUUGUGUUUUCAUUUUUUUCUUUAGUCUGUGCUUGCUAUUAUAAAUAUCAAAGUCAUAUCGGAGUAGUAACAGGCUUUGAUCAAAGUGAAUCCACAUAAAUUACUUACAAAUGCAUAAAUAUAAUAUAAAUUUUGAUCAAUAACAUUCUACAGUAGGUUUUAGAUUUUAUAUCAACUGAAGAAGACCUUCGGGUCGAGAACGCUUUAGCGUCAGGAUAUUGUUUUUAUGGUAAAAUCUUUUAUUCCUAUACAAGUAUAUAAGUUUAAAAACGAAAAAUCUGCUCAAACUUACGCCACUUGCCGACAGCGCAGAUACGCAUAUAUAUCAAUACAAGCCAAUUAUCGUUAGCAUAGCGCGAUAAAUAUCGUUUUAAAAGAGCGCUGGUAUCAUGUUCUCAUCCUCUGAAGCUCAUAAGCCAGGGAAUACAUGUAAACGGUAGACAUCAGCCCAAAAAGGCAAGCAAAGGACUUGGAUGAGAUUAACCUACGGGAUAACCUCAAAUUGAGCACAGGGCCCCUGUGAGGCAUUCUGGAGCAACCGCUCUGGUCGGACACACACACUACUGUGUCGAUUAACUGAUGUUAACUUACUGUUUUCUCUAUCCAAGUCCUGUAAGGACAUCUACUAGUUAAGGCAAUUCGCAGCUUUGAAAAUUUUAAAAAACUAAAAUAUAUACAGGCGAUAAAAUUUUAUUACCUAUUGCGUUAUAAAAUAAUGCUGAAAUAUUUCAACGAUAUCGUGUUCCUAAAACUUAAUCUUUGAAAAAAAUACUCAUCAAAUUAAAUGCCUACAGAAUGAAGUAUUACAUAUUUUUGAAAAUAAAAAUGUAAGUUUCCUGUAUCAUUGAAAACAACUAAAUAUUUUGUUGAACACGCAUUUAACUACGUCUAUACCUAUUAGCAAUUGAAAGUACCCCAAGGUGUUCUCAUUUCAUCACAUGACUGUCUAACAUUACAGAUAUGAUAUCAAAUGUGUAAAUAAAACUGAAAAUUAUACUAUUAAAACUGUAAACACAAAUAUCAUAUUUGUAACUUAUGUCUAUGAAAAAGUUUGACUGAAAGAAUUUUAAUGUUUACGCAUAUAUGUGUGUGCAUUGUGUCAGAUGUUGAUUUUGUUAUAAUUGAACGGAGGAAAAGUUUAUAAACUGAAAUGAAUCGUUUGUCUCUUUUGAUAAUUGUUGCACUUUCUGGUGUAAACAUCUAUGCAUGGAUGUUCAAUGGUCGGCCGCUUGGGGGAAAAGUGGGAGCACCCAAAGCUCAGGAUGGAGUUCGACUACCUGACCAGCAGUUCUAUGAGUUUCAAAAGGUCAACCAUUUUGAUGGAAGUGAUUUCAGAUACUGGAAACAACGAUAUUUUGUUAACAAUGCCACUUUUAGAGCAGGGGGACCAAUUUUCCUUAUGUUGGGUGGAGAAGCGGAAGCCAGCCCUGCUUGGUUAGUUGAUGGCGCGUGGCAGCAGUAUGCUAGAGAUCACGGGGCGUUCUUAGUUCUUUUGGAACAUCGAUAUUACGGGGAAAGUCAACCGGUCCCAGAUAUCAGCACUCCAAACCUACAGUAUCUAAGCUCGAAACAGGCUCUAGCGGAUAUCGCACAAUUCGUAACCUACUUCAAAAAGCUAUACCUAUACCAGUAUUUGCAAAACAGUAGCGUUAUACUAUUUGGUGGAUCGUAUGCCGGUUCGUUAGCAGCAUGGGCCAGAUCCCGUUAUCCGUACAUAGUUGAUGGUGCGGUUGCAUCUAGUGCUCCGAUGGUUGCCAUGAUGGAAUUUCAAGAUUACUAUGUUGGGGUAGGAGAGGCUCUAGAAACUUACAGCAGUGACUGCACGAAGGAGAUAAAGAACGCUACUGCACGUAUGUACGACUGGUGGGGCCAGCCUGAUAAGAGAAUAUUAAUGAAUAAAAUAUUCAGGCUGUGUGAUAAAAUCAACCACAACGCAUUACUAGAUUUAUCUGUAUUUUUCUACAAUCUUGCUGAAAAUUUCGCCGGUGUUGUUCAAUAUAACAACGACAACAGGGACUUCUUGGGUAGAAAAGGAACCAAACUGACAAUUCAGACAGUGUGUGACAUCAUGACCGAUGAAAGCCGAGGUGACAACAUACAACGUUACGCUGACGUCAAUUCACUCAUUUUGGACACGUACGGGGAGCAGUGCCUAAACCUUAGGUAUAAUAAACUGGCUCAUUCCCUCAACCAUACAGACUGGAACAGCGUUUCUGCUGAAGGAAAUCGCCAGUGGCUUUAUCAGACGUGUUCAGAAUUUGGAUGGAUUCAGAGUUCUUAUUCAUACAAACAGCCCUUUGGACAGACCCUAUUUCAGUGGAAUCUUACAACAGAUCAAUGUAUCAGUGUUUUCCCGCCAAAAAUAUUUGGAGGAGAGGAAGUCAUAGAUAACUGUGAGGAGACAAAUAGAUUUUACGGCGGGCUAAAUUUACCCAUUUCUAAAGCAGUGUUUGUAAAUGGAAUGAUGGAUCCUUGGAGAAAAGUUGGUUUCACUUCAAAACCUGACCCCUCUUCCGCUGAUGUUGAAAUCAUUCUGAUUGAUGGAACUGCCCAUUGUGCUGACAUGUACCCUCCAUCAUCAAAGGAUCCUCCUCAGCUGGCCGCUGUCAGAUCUAAGAUUUCUAAAGUCAUUGGUACAUGGCUUAGUGGAAAUUAAGCAAUAGAUACCCAGAUUAAAAUAAAGCACCAGUUGACGUAGUUAUAACAUUUUCGUGUAUAUUUAACAAAUAAUCAAGGCCUUCGAGUUAUUUAACGUCUGAUUUACCACGGUUCAGAGUUUAUAUGCGUAGGAAUUGAACCACGACGAACCGUGGUAAAUUAGACGAUAAAUCACAAGAAGGCCUUGAUUAUUUUAAUUCUGACUUGCUCAUUGAUAUAUUUUAAUAGAUAUUAUGCUGGACUUCAUUUAUGCGAGGUGUAAUGUAGCGGACGUCAUGCGGCAAUUUGACGUCAUAAUUGACGCCACAGUGCUCUCUUACCGGUCCGCGCGUCAAUCAUUGUUUAUAGCAGAAUAUACAGAGCUCGAUUUCUUUGUUUAACUGGAAAUAAAACCAAGUCAUGUUAGAAUAGUAUAUACUCGUAUUUGUGAUUGUCUGAUAUACAGUUCUAAGAAGAAAUUAUCUAUUUACUGAAGUUAUAUAUUAUGAAGAAACAGAACACGUAAUUAACGUUAAUUUUAUAAUAAAUCUUUUUAAUUUUGCUAUUUAAACCGCUGGGAAAAGCUGGUCUGAAACACAAAAAAGAAGAAAUGUCUAGCUAAUUCAAGCUGGAACUACUCAGAUAAAAAAUAACAAAAAUCAAACGAGGCUAAAGAGUGGACCAUGUGAUCCUAAAUACGUGUGUAACUUAACCUACAAAAGACAACAGUGGUUCAUAAGCAUUGUGUUAAGCCGAAGCUUUGCAUAGGGAAUACUUUAAAUCAUUAAUAUAAAAAUUGAUGUAAUAUUUGUAAAAUCAUUGUAUGUGUUUUAGCUACUUUUCUAAUGCGCGAAUCGUUCAGAUGUAGAAGCCAGCUUAACCUCAAAUCAAAGGACUGAAAGUGCUGGAGGAUCGAUUGUCUCUGAACAACACAGAUUGUAUGCAUACAUGUGUAAAUAUCGGGACAACUGUUUCAAGAUUGAGACACAAGUGUUCACAAUUUUUGACGUUUAACCGUAUGUGUGAACUUUUGACACAGGAACACAUGUGCUUGCCUGAUGCAUUCAGUUAUUAUGUUCGGCUAUCCUAUGAAGUAUCAUAGCAGUAUCUUGUAUGGUAAUCGAGAGAUUUUAACAAAACUGAACUGAAAAUUCAAUGUUUGCACAACUAUUAACGUCAUAUAAAAGUUAUGGGUUUUGCCCAUAGGUUUUAUUUUAUAGUGAAAAUUGACUGAUUUGGAUUUAACGUUUUACUCAACAGCUAAGGUCAUAUGGCAACUUCCAGGUUUCAUGGAGAAGGAAGACCCCAGGUGCCACUAAUAAACAAAAAUGUUUCAUAUCAUCACAAUCAAAAAUUUUAAACGGAUUUUGAUUCCUAUUAUUUAGACAUUGUAAACUAAAAAAUUAAAACCGGAAAUUUUAACAUUUUGACUCCAAAUAUAUAUUGCUAAGUGCAUCAGAUAAUAUAUAUACAAUAUUAAAAUGCUGUGUGUUAUUUUUUAAAAGAGAUAUUUACUCCAAAAAAUUUAGUCCCCAUAGCAUUUUUGGAAAUAGGAUAGACAACUCCUGAAUGACUAUCUCAUCAAAUUUGCUGAUAUAAAAAUAAACUUAGGUAUUUUCCCGGGAUACCCUCAUUAAAGUCUGUUUCUUCAUUUCAUUCAGACAUGGGAUGUAAACAAAUACAGGAACAACUUAACAGUACAAGGACAUCAAACAACCUAUUUUAUUUUCCUUCAGGACAGGUACACAUGUUAGGUCAUACUUGUAGUUAAUAAACCAAAAUGUAAAACAAUUAAUUAGCUCAUCAAAGAAAUGAAGACUAAUAACUUCACAAUAUUUUAUUACCUCCCUUCAUUACAUUUAUCAUCUACAUUCUACAUAUUUUUCUAUGGAAUUACCUCCCUUUAUCUCAAAUAAGCUUUCUUAUAUUGCAAUUUAAUCAGUCAGUAUUUUCACCUUAAUUUUCAGACAAAUAAAUUUAUAAUUUUUUAAUCCAUGGUAAGAUGAAAAGCAUAAAUUAUAUUAAAGAAUACCAUAAAAGCAUUUAUCACACAUGAAUGCAAGGUAUACACAACAAAUAAUUUUGAGCCUUGUUGCCAAUGACAAUGUUGAAAAAUAUUAAAGCUCAGAUGGCAUAACAGUGAGAUAAAAUCUUUUUAAGUUAAGUUAAUAAUUCCCAUAUUAACUUAUGACUACAAAAAUUUAAAGUAUAUUGUUAUUCCCAUUUCAGUCCAACAUAUGUAAAAAAGUAAAUACUACAAAAACUGUAUAUCAAAUUUUUGAAAAUAAAAUUCCACCAACAUAUUUUGUUCUUAUUUCUUUUAUCUUGAUUAUGUAGUGUACUUAUCUGGAAUGAUGAGAUAUUUUGAAAUGUAUAUUUCUUUAUUCUCCUGGAUGAAAAAAAAAUAUAUAAACAAAACAACCAUUUAUACCAACCAAAUUGUAAAAUACUUAAGUUUCUUUGAUGUUAGUAAUUAUAUGUUGAGACAUGAAAACAACAUAAAAUAUCAACAUAAAAUAUAACUAAAAAAUUGUGGAACAUCAUAUGUAGAUUAGAUUAGACUGUAUUAUACAAAUAUUUAUAUGAGAAUAUGUGACAACUCUGGUUAAAUAGAAUAUUAGUUAACUUAUGGUAAAAUGUUGAACUGCUUUAACAUUAAUCUACAAGUGAUGAAUGAGUUCAUCUUACCAUAACUUUGACAUUUAAUGUAUUAUUAAGAAAAUUAUAACAUACAAGAAAUGACACACAGACAGUAUAAGUUGCUGAAUGACUGGGUCAGUCUCCACCACAAAUACUAUGAAACUUAAAAAGUCCAAUUAAAUGUGUUUCUUAAAAUUAGAUUGAUCACAUUUUAACACUUCUAUGAAUGCAGUUGUAAAAUGCUUGCUACUUGCAUGCAAUAAUGGAAAUAAAAAAUGAUUUAACAAUAUAUGCAUACAGUCUUGUCAUGAACACAUUCUG